AUGAAUCCCACCGCAACCCCUUCUAUCGCCACUCAAGUUGCUCCUCCUCCCGCCUACCUAACGAUCAGCAUUGUCAACUCCCACAUCGGUGCCAUCUCCACUUUCCACCAACUGCAGACCAAACCCAAUGGAGUCGUCGCCCCUUCCCCUUGGGGUGGUGUUCCUGUCCCUGGAACUGUGGCUUGCGGUUCGUCUGCCUCGAUGGCUGUACCGACCAACUGGGCUGGAAUCGUCCUCGUCAGCGAUGCCUCGCACAAGAUCACCGACAACGACAGUGGCAUUGAGGCCAACUUUGUCAGCUGGGGCCCAGACUUUGAGAAUGGAAAUGCGAUUGGCACGGUGGAUGUCACCUUUGUUGGUGGCUUCUCUGUCCCCAUCGUCUGCUCCUGUGCUGGAAAGGUCCAGACGGGUUGCAAUAAGGACCUGUUCAAGCUGGGUACUUGUCCUUCUGCCGUCACCGAAGGAGCAUGUGCCAACCCCCUUCGUGGCGACUUGGGCGUCACACAAGCCAACCCAUUCUUCGCACCUUGCCAGCACGCUGCAUACGCGUACGAGGAAGACCACGCGGCUGUUUCGGCGGGAGAGUGCCAAGAAGGCCACAUCAACUGCUGCGUCGGCACGGCCUGCCCUCCCAACCCUGAUCAACCCGCUUAA